AUGUCGGUACGGCGAAAGCGAAUCUGGCGCUGUUCAACAUCUUGCGCUUCCCGGUGUUCGUGCUGUCACAAGUUUAAAACAACGCGGUGGAAGCGAACGGUGAGUGAGGGCGGCUUGCCAAAGGUGAAGAGCUUGGUACAGGACGCAAAUUCCGAGUCGGACGCUGCCUCACCGGUUGACGACAAGAAGACCGACAUGAAGGUCGAAGAAGAAAAGGCUCUGACGACACCCGUGGUUAAGGGCUUGAUGCUACGUCACAAUGCCUUUUCAGCCAGAACGGGAGGGCUGCAUGUCAUUGUAGUGGCAAUUCAUGGCAAGGUGAGUACGAAUCACAGCAGCCGUUCAGCCAAAACGAGACGAUGUACCAACAUCACGUUCGGACUGCCGUUCGACACCAACAAGUACGACGAGGCUCUGCCCCAGCCAGCGCACGCGUGUGGCCAUCGUUGUGCGGUGUAUCAGGACGUCGCCUUUUAUCUGCUGGAAGCCAUUCUGUCUGCAGUGGACAGCCAUGUGGGCACCAACAUCUUCAAAGCGUGCUUCAAGAGAUCGCUGAAGGAUAAGCUGGUGCUGCCAGUGGCGCAGUUGUUGAGCUUCGUGAGCCAUUGCGACCAGAUCGCUGUGAUUGCUGACGGAAGAAUCGCCAAGCAAAGAUCGCUCAAGAAGUUGAUGAUGGUGUCGAAUAGUGGGAAUGAAGAAGACAAGGAGGACAUGACGUCAGCAGAGUGUCUGGAGAAUACGAAUUCGAAUGAUUUAAAUGCUGAGGAAGCUUACUGCCCUUUCGCGGGUCUCACACAGCAUAAUAAGAGCCAAGGUUUCCCCAUACAUCGGAUAAACGCGCUCGUUCGCGCACUGGACAACAAUGCCAAGCACGCAACGUUGGCAGGGAAGAAGGUGGCUCAUAGCGCGGCUGCAUCUACCCACCAGUGGUGCUUGUCGGACACGCUUCCAUCCUUCUGGGCAAUGGGCAUUUGGCCCUCGAAGAAAUGA